AUGGUCGUAACAUUGGAGUUAAUCUUGGUUCUGAUAUCGUUGUCUCUUUCUCUCCAUGCCUAUCCAGACACCUGCCGAACAAUUCUCUGGCAAUAUGGGGGAACCGAGGGGUGGAACUCCGACCCCCACGCCCGAAUAUAUUUCUACGCGAAUUAUCGCGAACCUCCACCAAUCCCAAAAAUAUGGAGCGAUGAAAUAACCGAAUCAAACCUCGCGAUAUCUGCCAUCUCCUCCGUCGCCUGGAUCGUCCGCCUCGUCCUGCGACGCUGCAGACCGAGCGGCAGCACCCGCUACAAUAACAUCCUCCUCCUUUUCGACGCUGCACUGAUCGCCUGCUGGGCGCUCUCCAUCGGCAACCAGAUCUCCGGCGACUUUUCCGAUGAAGCCCAUCCGAGCGAAUGGCCUUGGUAUCUGGUGUAUCGCUGUGAUGGGCUUGAGCGCCCGGAAUAUGGAUGUUGCGUGUUGGCGAGGGUGCUUCUAUGGUUUUCCGGAAAUUUGUUAAUGCUGUACUCUGGGAGGUUUCUGUGGGGGUUGUAUGAGUUGUAUCGGUCGGCUGUGGGGAGAAAUGCUCGUCAGCGGUGA